AUGACACAGUCACCCAGUUUACGCUUCUUUAGUAGCUUCAAAGGAGGAGGAGCAGCAGGAGCAGGAGCAGGAGCAGGAGCAGGAGGAGCAAGUAACAGGCAACAGCCCAAGGUACCUGUUGAGCAAGAAGCGACAAAUCAACCAGACAAUGUGCAAGGCUGGCUGAUGAAUGUGGAGUCUUACCACCGAGAGUCUCCACAUGUUGCUACCAUUGUCGAUGCAGAUAACAACAGUAUUCCAAUUGAGCAUGUUCGAAAUAAUAGAUCUGGAAGACCUGGGUCAAUUGCUUCAGAAGAUAGCGUUAAUUUGGACGAACUUAUCAAUGCCAAUUUCACAGUGGACAUGGAUGAUGAGACAGAUUUACCUGAUCUUGCUGAUCUGGAUUUGGAUGAUUCAAAUGAUGAUUUCUGGAAGAUGGAAAAGAGUGAUACUAUCAGCAACCUAGCUACUGGCUUUGAUGACUUUUCCAAGUCGAUUGCAGAUAACAUUGAUUUGGAUUGGAGUCCAACGGAUACAGAUGCAAACCAUAUGGAAACCUCUUUGCCAGUGACACCUUCAUCGGAUAUUGCAUCGAGAUACAGACGAUCUGAUAGUAUCAGCAGUGAAAAUAGCCUGACUUCGCAAUCAACCAUCACUCAAUACGCAAAAUACGGCCUCACACCAGUAACGUAUCCAUCCGAGUCCUCCUCCACAUCGUCUCGCUCGUUGAGUCGUCAAAGCAACUACUCAACGGCAUCAUCCAACACCACCUCAGGUAUACCUCAUCCUCGCACCAACUCAUCGUCAAACAACACCCACAAUGCCAAUGGUGGCAUACCUACACCAAGUCGUUCCUAUACACUGAGAGAUAGCAAUGUUGCGAAAAGCAAUGCGUCAUAUAUACUCUCCCCUUCCAACAAGAAGGGAUCUACACAGCGCACCGCCUCACAGCUAGCGAAACGUGCAUCUCACAUUCCCGCACCCGCAUCUUACACAUCAUCGUCCCCAUCGCCACAAAGAACCAUCUCAUCAUCUUCAUCAGGUCUUCGUGUGCCAACAACACCCACAGCAACUCAAAAGAGAAUACCCCAACGAUCGAGCCACAUACCCUCUGUUCGAGAAUCUCUACAUCGUCCUGGUUCGCCACUGCAACAUCACCCUCAACAGCCUCAUCGAAGACCAUCCGCAACACCAUCACGAAUAGGUAUGCGAAGUCCAACGCCAGGUGGACCUAGAAACAGUAUAUUUGCUGCUCCCAACAAAGAGCAACAACAAAAGAGAUCCAUCACACCUACAACUCGUUAUCAAUCUCAUCAAUCGGCUGGUACUGAAGACAAUAGACCUGCUUCGGCUAUGGCCAGUAGACCAAGUGGUUUGCGUCCACCAGGAAGUAUUGCUGCUGCUUCUUCUGCCAACAGUGUAAGAAGUGUGAGCCGUAUUGGUACUUACAAAAAGCCCACUUCGUCAUGA